AUGGCAAAAAGACCUUCAAACUCCUUCGAAAUCUUCUUCAAAACCAAGACGCUGUCUCAGUCCUUUCUCGAUCGAGGAACAGAGUUGUUCGUUAAUAUGAAACCGUUGUUAAACAAACACGAUCUGACCAAGGAAGAGCAACAACAAGUGGACGAUGUGUUGGAGAAAAUUAUUGCUCUUAUUGUGGGAGAGAAAGUGAACAUCGAGGAUGUGUACGAAUGUGUAGAUCAGGUGAACACCCCUCUCAAGGAUGGAUGUAGAGAGACACUUUCUCUUCUCGCCAGUCAUCGAGUGCCAAUCAUCAUAGUUUCUGCCGGAUCGGGUGACGUCAUCAAUUACCUGGUCAGAGACUACGGAGCAAGAGUUGUCGCCAAUUUCUAUAUAUUUGAUGAAGGUCGAAUAACUGCCUAUGUGAGGCCUUGGGUGGGGCUUUAUAACAAAAACCAACGCGCGCUGCCCGUAGACGAUGAUAGACAUAAUAUAGUGCUGUUGGGAGACCAUACUUGGGACUCAAAAAUGGCUGAUAAUGUUCCUAAUGUAAAAACAAUACUAAAAUUUGGAUUCUUCUAUGGUAAUGAUGAGAUGAAGAUGAGACGUUACCUCGAACAUUACGAUGUUCUUCUGUUGAAUGACGAGUCCACUGAUAAGAUUAACGAUAUGUUCAGGUUAGUGUCAGAAAUUUCGUAACGUUUUAAUGUCUUAUUUGUUGCAAUUAAUUAUUGUUAUGAGACUACACUAUGUUUUUCAAUACAUUAUAUAAGUUAUAGUAAGUGAUGUAAGCUUUGUAAGUGAUACAAUUAUAUGGUAACUAAAAUUACUUACAUCACUUAUCUUACACUUCUUAUCUUGACACAUUGCUAUACUGAUACUGAAACUGACUAGAGACUGUUAUAUCUAUACCAUUAAACAUUUUUCUUUCCAUAGUUAAAUCAUUUUUCAUUUUAGACAAUACUUUAAUGUAACGUAUUAAUGUGGCUGCCCACCGCUUUCAGCAUAAAUUUAAAAUUAACAACAAGAAUUUCAGAAUUUAAUUUUACGACAUUAGAAAAUUAUUUAACUUUGUACCACAAAUACCCCUAUUAGUUUUAUUUUUUAAAUUAACAGUUUUUUUAUAGAAAUGUGUAUUACGGCAGCAGGAAAAGUUUCCCAUCCUUGAAACUUAUUAAACAUUAUUUAAUUGUGUUAAUAACAAAAAGAAUCAUAAUAAUAUCAAUUAUUAGUUUUUUAUACAUUUUUAUAUUCCGAUUACAUUGCUCUAUUACUUCAAUCUUCCAAAAUAUAUUACUGACGUUAAAUGAUUCCGCUUCUCGAUUAAAUAUAUACCUUUAAAUUUGUUUCGAUAGAUUUUGUUCCUAGACGUCAUCAAUUUGAUUGUGGCUCUAAGUUAUCACUUCAUUUAAAAAGGCUGUACGUAAUUGGCUAAAACAGUAUUGAUGUUAGCCAUGACUUAACAAAACAUAAAAUCAAAGUCACACAGUUAAAUAAUGUACGGAUGUUAAACUCCAUUACUAGUCAAAUGCAAUAAAUAUUUAGAUUAACUUGAUCUAAUUUAAGUUUAAACUUCUAAGAUUUACUAUUUUAAGAGGACCACAGAUUCCACUUAAGAAAUGUAAAAUAUUAAUGAUUAUAAUACAUAAUUAUUAGAAACAUCAUAAACCAUAUGGCUAUGUAUACUACACUGUUUGUUCUUUAAUCACUUAUCAAUGUUUGCACAUAUUACAUUAUAGAGACAGAAAAUACCAAUUAUUUGUAGAGUGGUAAUGUGUCAGUGAAAUAUUAUAGUUGUAAUAUCACAAAAUCUGCAUAUUCAUUGUCAAUACCAAUAGCACAAACUAAGCAAUAAUUGAAUAAAGAGUAUAUUAAUGGUUUUUUAAAGUUUUACUUUAAAAUCUACCGUUGU